AUGAGCAGCUUCACCCGCCGCGAGUCCGUCGACUCCUCGGCCGCCGCCUUCCAGGCCGCCCACAAGGCCGCGCCGUUCGCCAGCAAGCACCCCAAGGGCUUCGGCGAGAUGGUGCUCGUCGACGGCGUCAGCAUCGAGAAGACGUUCCUGCUGCCCGUGCCCAACCUGCGUCAGUGGCUGCCCGAGGAGGACAACCAGGUGUGCAACCGCCGCAAGCUGGACACGCAGGCCGAGGACUCGGUCGAGCGCAAGAGCACCUACAACAAGAUCAUGGGCGAGUCCGACGUGAUCCUCGGCGACAUCCGCCGCAACGACUCGCAGGAGGCCGUCUCGCGCGCCUACGUGCGCGCCGGCCCGCGCGAGAACACGUACUUCGACCCCGCCAAGGUCAAGGCCGCCAUCGUGACCUGCGGUGGCCUGUGCCCCGGCCUCAACAACGUCGUGCGCGACGUCACCCUCGCCCUGUGGAACCUGUACGGCGUGCGCGAGAUUUACGGUAUCCGCAUGGGCUUCGCCGGCUUCUACAACUGGACCUCGAUGGACCAGAAGGAGGCCCCGAUCAUGCUGACCCCCAAGACGGUGGCCAACAUUCACCACUACGGCGGCACCAUCCUCGGCUCGAACCGUGGUGGCUUCGACGUGGACAAGAUUAUCAACUUCCUGACGACGAACGGCGUCUCGCAGGUAUACGUGAUCGGCGGUGACGGCACCCACCGUGCCGCCAACAAGAUCUCGGAGGAGUGCCGUCGCCGCAAGCUGGCCGUCGCUGUCGCCGGUGUGCCCAAGACCAUCGAUAACGACGUGGACCUUCUGGACCGCAGCUUCGGCUUCAACACGGCCGUCGAGGAGGCCCAGCGUGCCAUUCGCUCGGCUAGCACGGAGGCUCGCUGCGUACCCAACGGUAUUGGUGUUGUUAAGCUUAUGGGCCGCAGCGCCGGUUUCAUUGCCGCCCACGCGUCGCUUUCCAGCGGUGAUGUCAACCUGUGUCUGAUCCCGGAGAUCCCGAUCGAGCUCGACGGCCCGCGCAGCUGCCUGGACCACCUUGAGCGCGUUGUGGAGGAGCAGGGCCACGGUGUGGUCGUUGUUGCUGAGGGCGCCGGCGAGGAGCUGCUGGGCACGUCGGUGGAGGCCGACGCCGGCGGCAACAAGAAGCUGCCGCCCAUCGGUGCCUUCAUGAAGGACCGCAUCCAGGAGCACUUUGCCAAGAAGGGCAAGGAGUGCACCGUCAAGUACAUUGACCCGUCGUACAUGAUCCGCUCGGUGCCGGCCAACGCCGCCGACAGUCUGUACUGCAUGCUGCUGGGCCAGAACGCUGUGCACGGCGCCAUGGCCGGUUACACCGGCUUCACCGUGGGCCUGAGCGCCAACCGCGUCGUGUACUUCCCGAUCGAGGCCAUCACGCGCAACUCGCCGCGCUGCAUGGACCCCUUCGGCCGCACGUGGGAGCGUGUGCUGUGCCUGACGCGCCAGCCCAACACUGCCCACGAGGGCGGCAUCAAGGGCGCCAAGUCCUCCGACUAAACCCACGGCGUAAUGAGGCGAGUAGCGCCUACAGCCGAGUUAGUAGUGAAACGCGUUGUGCGGCGUCAAUGUAUCAACAAAACGUGAACGAAUUUUCUCUCC